UCCCAAUUCUACCACUUACCCCUUCCCCUUACCCCUUCCCCUUUGUUUCGCGCGUUCACGUGAAGGGGUAGGGGUGUCUCAAUUCUCGUUUGGCUGGAGGGGAAGGGGGAGGGGGAAGGGCCAGGUAGCCCUUCAAACGAAGAUUUUUCGGGAGCACACUUCAGACGAAGGGUUAUAAUCAAUUUCCAACAUGGCCGAACGAGCGAACAGAGAAACCCAUAAAUGGACACCUGAGGAAACACGAAGGCUCAUACGUUUUCGUGCUGAAAACGAGCAGCGCUUCUUGCGAUCGAAAUACACUGCAAAACAACUUUGGGAGACACUUAUAAAAGACUUGGGUUUGGAGGGAAAGGUGACUGGCCAACAGGCAUCAAAGAAGUGGGAAAAUUUAAAGAAGAAAUACAAGGACCUUAAAACACCAAAAACUGGCUCUGGAACAGAUGCUGGAGAGGUAACUGCUUCUUCGUGGCAGUAUUUUGAAGAAAUGCAUGAGGUGUUGGGUUCCAGGCCUUCUAUAGAUCCUCCUGUGGUGGUUUCUUCAUUCACUGAUGAGGAACCCAUAACACUCACCAUGGAAAGUGUUGACUUCAGUGAAAUUCCUGCUGUCAGCACCACUGGACCACUGCCAAAUACAUCAGAAGAGACAGCCUCUUCUAGCACAGCAUCCUCCAUGAUGGUAGCAAGCCCCCCAACUCCAUCUCCCAAAAAAAGGAAAAGAAAAAGUAAUCCAAUUUUAGAUUUUUUAACUGAAGAGUCCAUCAAGGAACAGAAACGCCACGAAGAGAGUGAGGCCAAAACUGUGAGGUUUUUGGAUCUAUUUGAAAAAAUGAUAGACAAAUUAUAGUUGUCUUUUA